CCUGCACCGGUUCUUUUCCAGUCCUCUGGUACUUCCCCGGUGCUCCAGGAUCUUUGAAAAGUAUGGCUCAGUAGUUCUGAGAUCAGGUCUGCCAGCUCCUUCAAAACCCUGGGACGUUAUCCAUCCGGCCCUGGUGCUUUGAACUCAUUUAGUGCGUAUAGGUGUUCCUUCACCAUUUCUUGUCUACUUCGAGUUUUAUUCCUAAUAAAUAGGACUGUUUGUGAAGGCUAGGCUGUUUUUUGUUUUUGCAUGAAGACAGAUGCAAAAAAUAAAUUAAGUAGCUCUACUUUCUCCCUGCGUCUCCCGGUGGAGACGACUCUAUAGGCUGUAAGUCCUCACCAGUGGGCCAAGAUAUCAUUUCUGCGCAUGCGUGACGCUUCGGUUUCCGGGUCGCCUCUCGCGCUUCCGGCAUGAGAGCGGCGCUGGUGGACUACAGCAGCUCCGGCUCGGAGAGCGAGGGCGAGGCCGUCGCCCGGGAGAAAGGCAGCGGGGACCCUCGGCCUGCUCCGGCGGGCGGCCGCGAUCUCUCCCCGCCGGGCAGCAGGCGAGCCCGAGGCGCUUCCCGGCGCCCGACAUGCAGCGAUCCUCUGUUUGGGCGCCCUCCGAAGGAGGAAGAGGAGCCCGGGGACGAAGCCUUCCGCUCCCCCGCGCCCGUCCUCCCUGCCGGAGGAGCUGCAGGGUCCUCCCUCCCCUUGCCAGACAGCGUGCAGAGGAUGUUCAGAGAUGAGGAAGAGAAGGAAAGGGUGGUGGAUGACUGCAGUAAACAUGGAGGCCGCCUGCGGACAUUUCCUCAUGAACGAGGCAACUGGGCAACCCAUGUGUACAUGCCAUACGAAGCUGGGGAGGACUUUCUGGAUUUACUGCAGCUUCUCCUAAUCUGUGGGCGCACUUACGUGCCUCUGCUGAUGCGACAGGAAGAAUUCCACAUCAGCCUCUCUCAAAGCGUGGUGUUGCGCCACCACUGGAUCAACCUUUUUGUCCAGUCCCUCAAAGAACGCUUGGCUUCCUGCCACAGGUUCACCUUCAGAGCUGAUCAAGUGAAGGUGUACACCAAUGAGACCAAAACAAGGACCUUUAUUGGCUUAGAAGUCUCUUCAGGACAUUCUCAAAUGUUGGAGUUGGUUUCAGAAGUGGAUGAAGUUAUGGAGGAAUUUAACCUAAUGCCUUUUUACAAGGAUCCCUCGUUCCACAUGAGCCUUGCCUGGUGUGUGGGGAAUAUGUCGGAAGCCCUCAGAGGCCAGUGUAUUCAGGAAAUGCAGGAGAUUGUGGAUGGCUUUGAGGACUCUACCUACUUGCUGCGAAUUCCUGGGACUGAAGUCCGUUGCAAAUCUGGCAAUAAGGUUUUCUCGUUCCCUCUGCAAUAGAGAAGUCCAGGAACAAGAUCAGCCGACUUGCGAUAGGCACUUUCAGCCCUUUUCCAAAGAUGGGCUGAGGUGCCACCGGAUUCCCACAAAGUCCCUUUGGAGUCAACUGCACUCGGCAGCAGCGGACCUUCCAAGAGCCCAUUUCAAAGCCAAGACAGUUAAUGCCCUCAGACCUCUGCCAGGCCAGGCCCUACUUCACUCCAGUUCUCAGCUGCAAACAAAAGUAUGGCUUUCUGAGAGUGAGAGGGAGCCAGUGGGAUGUUUCUCCGAGGACUUUGUCUUGUAGAAGGCUGAUCCAGGGGUGGUGAGAGGCCCUAGGGGGAUGUCUCAGGCAUGGGGUCUGGUCUUUCUCAGAGUGAGCCACAGUUGAAAUGGAGAAAAGGAGAGCCAAUUUUCUUCAUUGUCGGUUUCAGGCGCUUUGCUGAAGGGGUUCGCCAAAGCUUCCUGGAUAAAUGAUUGUUCAGAACCUGCUUUGAUUGUUCUGUUUGAAUUGUGGGGGAAAAAAAAUCAUAAACAGGCACAAAAUAAGAAACAUGUACGCAGCAUUGGAGUUAGAUUAGCUCUCCUAUCCACAUACUGACAAAGUACUUAAUUCCUCUAGGUCAAAAUCCAAACUAAAGGCCCCCCAACCUUUCAUUUGUCCAUCAAAAGCACAGUAAUGGCCUUGAACAGCAUUCAGAUGUGCCCAAUUCACAAGAGUUGGAGAAGGUAAACUCCAUUUGAUCUAUGCUUGUUUCCCUGCAUUCUUGAGAGGAACUGGGCAGUGUGGAAAAAGUCUAACCUUGUUCCCCCAAAGAGCAUAAGCUAGGUAAUUUUGAGAUUUGUUUCUCACAUCUUCAUGAUCCAAGAUAGAAACUUCUGAAUGCAAUAAAUCAAAAUGCUGGUUGAGAAAUUUGGUGGGGGCAGAUUACAGAAUUGAAAUGUUACAAGCAUUUGGCUUAGUCAAUUUCUAUUGGCCCUCCCUAAUUGGGAUCUCAGUGCUGACUUUAGCUCCUGUGAUCCCCCAACACUAGCCUUGCCUUUUGAGGAUACGGGAAUUACUGCCAAUGUCCUGGUGGUGGGCUUCAGGUCUCUUCUGUUAAAUGUCACGGUACUAAGGAAGUGUGCCUUUCUGCUCACCCCAUCCCCUGGGACCACCCUCCCCUGGGGUUCCCAGAUGCCCUCUAGAGCUGAUGUGGGUCUUGGCCUGGGGCUGAUGUGUUGGUAAGACCCUCGAUGGGUUUAUUAUUUGAUUGUCUUAGUCGGGACUGCCUGGGGGUUGUUAUGUUUAUAACUAUUGUUUUGUGUUUAUAAGCUGCCUAUAUUCUGUGAGAGCGGGCAGCUGUAAUAAAUGUAAUAUAUUUUGUUAUAGUAAGUAUACUAAGCCAGAACGAAAUGUGAAUGUUAAGCCAGAAUUUCUCCAAUGCCUAAUACAUUAUGUCUCUUGCAACUAACGAGUAAAGACCAGAUUGAUUGUCUGUCUGUCUGUCUCUAUCAAUCAUGUGGAACAUUCACAUCACAUUUUAAUAAAAAUACAAGAGGAAUACAAAAUAUAAAA